CAAACAUUUAGCGUUUGAUUUCCACCAUGAAAGCUCAGUCAACGGAGGUCGUUUGCAUAUAAACUACUAUUAGACGAAAACGCCCUCAGAUAAAAUCCCUAAUCACUGUGCUAUCCAGUUCCUUAGCUGCGUGGUUCUCCUGGCCUGGGUUCUCUCCCCAGAAUAUAUAACUAACACUAAAAACAUACCCGUUCUUCUCUCAACCUCUGUCCGUCUUCUUUUCUCUUUCACUCUCGAUUGAAAAAGUUUAUUUGCAGGUUAAUAGCUUUCUAGUAUGGGGUUUAAAAAGGUUUAUCAAUGCUUGAUUGAUAUAUUCCCGCAGGUUGAUCCACGUAUUCUAAAAGCUGUUGCUAUCGAGAACUCUAAGGAUGUGGAUGCAGCUGCGGAGAUUGUUCUGUCUGAGAUUGUGCCUUACCUGUCUAAACAAACCGUGGCUGCUAGUUCUUCCUCACAGAACCUGAGUCCUCAAGUGCAACCAAAUGAAGUUGUAGAUGAGGAAGGAAGCAAUCAAUUUAUGUGGGAAAAGGAAGUGUUGGUGAAAAGCGCAUGCUUUUCUACAGAACCAUUAUUGGAACCAAAUGAAGUUGUCAGAGACAAUCGUCUUACAGGUGCUGCCACCAAUGUGGAUUCUCUUGAGGCACCAUAUGCAGUGACUACUUCAAAAUUCCACGAGAACAAAAUUGAGGCUGCUGAUAUUGAAACUGAGGAAUUGAUUUUGUUGGGGAACACAGAAAAAAGUGCUGAAAUUGGGGAAGAUAAAUCUAGUGUCAGCUUGAAUGCCUUAGGGAUAGAGAAUUCUCUGCUAUAUGCAAAUCUUGAAAUUAAGGAGUCUGGUUCAUCAAGUAAAGACCUAGCCAUAGACAUCGAAGAUGGCUUUGUAAGGACUCCCCAUGUUUCACCAGUCACCCCAGCUCAUGAUUCUACCUCACUUCCAGAGAAUACUGAUAGUAGUGGCAGCUCUAAUGAUUAUUUAAUAGAUUUUGAUGGGCCUGUGGAUUUGAAAUCAGAUUUAUGCAGAAACAGUUCAUUAAAUGGAACUAUGGUAGGUGAAGAAAAUGCUGCGGUUCUGCUGGUUCCAUCAUCUUCUCAAGAACAAAUGCCGGAAGAACUUAGAGCUGGUAUUCAUUCUGAAAGUGGUUCUAUGAUUCACUCUACUGAUUCUGAGAAACAAGAAAGAGGUUCUGUAGAACUGAAGUGCCAGCAGGAUUCCAUUAGUGAAAUGGGUGGUAUUGAGGAUGAUACCUUCAAUGCUGUUGUUAGUAGGUCUAGUCAAACAUGCAGAAUUGAUCUACUUGAAGAGAUCAUUGACGAUGCUAAAGAUAACAAGAAAACAUUGUUUCAGGCUAUGCAGUCAAUUAUGAACUUGAUGAGAGAAGUUGAACUUCAAGAGGAAGCUGCAGAGCAAGCAAAAGAGGAAGCUGCCAGGGGAGGUUUAGAUAUUCUGGUCAAGGUGGAGGAACUUAAGCAGAUGCUGACACAUGCAAAGGAAGCAAAUGACAUGCAUGCUGGAGAAGUAUAUGGAGAGAAGGCAAUCCUAGCCACUGAAGUGAGGGAGCUUCAAAGUCGCUUGCUCAGCUUGUCUGAGGAAAGAGAUAAAUCUCUUGCUAUUCUUGAUGAGAUGCGCCAAACCCUCGAAGCUCGACAAGCUGCUGCAGAGGAGUUGAUGAAAACAGCAGAGCGGGAAAAGCUGGAAAAAGAAGAAUCUGCUGGUAAUGCUCUUACUGAACAAGAAGCUAUUAUGGUGAAGGUGGUCCAAGAGUCCAAGAUUCUAUGGCAGGAGGCAGAAGAAAAUUCCAAGUUACGCGAGUUUCUUAUGGACCGUGGUCGGAUUGUUGACUCAUUACAGGGAGAAAUAUCUGUUAUUUGUGAGGAUGUGAGAUUGCUUAAAGAGAAGUUUGAUGAGCGUAUCCCAUUAAGCAAAUCUAUAUCCUCAAGCCAAACCAGCUGCAUCCUGGCCUCCUCCGGCUCAUCACUGAAAAGCAUGGCAUCUGAUCUUGGUCCCAAGCAGGGGGAGAUAGCUAAAACUCUAGAGAAGAGAAGCCCAACGCCAUCUGUUGAUGCGCAAUCACCAAAAAGUAUAUCAUUGGAAGAAAGAUACGAAGAUGAUGGCAAGGAGCUAUUGGAUAACGGGUGGGAAAUUUUGGACGGAGAUGCUGAAUUAGAUGCAUAAAAGGGUCCCCUCCAGUUAUAAAUGGCUUUUACACGUCUGCAGUUUUAUUUUAAUAACCAUUUUCUAAGUACUAGGAUCCGUGAUUUAAUCUCUAGUUGAGUGACUUGGUAUUUUCAUGAGCAUAUAGGCAUUUUCUUUUGAACAUCAUGUAUCUAUUUUUGUGGCAAAAUACCAUCACGCAACUUUUGUACAGCAUUAAGCAUUGAAUAAGUGACUGCGUCUAUGCAGCUGCUCUAUGUUCUGUCUAUAUAUUUAGUCGCCUUCUUAUUGAACGCUGAAGCUCGUGACUCUUUAAUGUUAUUA